UUAUAUACUUUGUCCCUAGCACUUCCAAACCCAGAGCCUUCUCCAUCAUCCCAACUUCAGCUUUUGUGUCUGAAUUGCUCUGGGCCAGGAAAGGGGAAAAUGGAAAGUAAAUUGUUUUUAUGAUUAUUUCAAUGUUGGUGGUUUGGUGCUCUACAUCAGUCAAUUCACAAUCUGUUGGAUCUCCUCCAAUCUCAAGUCCAGCACCAGCUCCAGCCCUAGAACACGUGAACCUCACACACUUACUUUCUUAUGCUGGUCCAUUCCACACCUUCCUUAACUACCUUGAGAAGACCAAAGUCUUAGAAACUUUCCAAAACCAAGCCAACAAUACUGAAGAAGGCAUUACAAUUUUUGCCCCAACAGAUGAUGCCUUCUCCAAGCUCAAGAACCCAUCUCUAUCUAAUCUCACCGAUGAUCAGAUUAAAUCAGUCCUCCUUUUCCAUGCCUUAUCGCAUUACUACUCCCUAUCAGACUUCAAGAACCUUAGCCAAAUGAGCCCAGUGAUAACUUAUGCCGGUGGACAAUACACUUUGAAUUUCACAGAUGUGUCUGGAGAUAUAUCUAUUGAUUCAAGAUGGACUAAAACAAAAGUCAGUAGCAGUGUUGUUGCAACUGACCCUAUCGCUGUUUAUGAGAUAAAAAAUGUUCUUCUUCCAGAAGCGAUUUUUGGCACUGACAUUCCACCAACUGUAGCACCCGCACCUGCUCCUCAUAUUGCCCCUUCUGCAGAUACCCCUGUGGCUGAUGUUGGUGGGAGCAAUUCAUCUCCAAAAUCAUCUCCAUCUUCCUCUUGCAAGAUUAGCAACUUGGGUAUCUUAACUCAAUUGAUUUUGGCAAUUGCAAGUGGAGUAGUUUUAAUGUUCUCCUAAGGGGUGAUU